AUAGGGCGCCCGCGCCACAUGCUUCAUGGGAAUUUUGUCGAGAUUUGUGGGUUCGUAACUCCUAGCGUAUCGGUAUCGUUGGAGCUCUCCAGUCUCCGCAUAAGGAAAUUCAAAAAAUGUCACGGCGCGGUUCUAUUUGCAUCUGUGGUAGUGACGAGCAUGAACUGUACUUCAUUCCGGAUGAAAGUGAGCCUACAUCGACCUUGGUGGUGAAGUCGAUUGGCAGACGUGGAGUUGGCUACGUUACAUUCUUUGAGUGCGUCCAGAUUCCUGCGGAUGAUUUGUACACUGGUGUGCAUAUUGAUCAUGGAUCCAUUGAAAUCCGCGAAGAAUCGGGCAUUUGCAGUCCGUUCAACCGACCGGCGAGCGUGACGUUCGAAAAUGUAUGGAAUCUUGACGAAUGGCGUCUGGAAUGUACGAGACAUGGUGACACGACCACAGUGGCCAGCUCGCAUGAUGAGAGCGAUCCAGUUGCGCUAUCUGCGAUGUACAGCGCCGAAACGGGAAUUUUUCGGUUCGCAGUUUCUGGCUUCUCCAAAUAUAAAUUAUGCCUGGCGGGCAGUUCUUCACCCAAUGGCCAGAGUUCGGACAGUAAGGAAACAUUUUCCCGACAACAGAAUUCUGCAGCCACGCAUUCAUGGGCUCCAUCUUACGAGAGACGGCCCCAAGUGGUCUACAGCAAAUCUGAGAGUUCUCCGCUGUCGGAUUUCCUUGUGAGUGAUCUGCUGCACAAUCUGGCUUCCGCAGAAGUCUACAGUCCGGACGGUGGCCCUCUGCGAUUCCCUCCUGAUGUAGGCGACGGUGUUUCGCAUUGGCGAAUACAUUUUCUUGAGAGAUUAGCGGAUAACUCGCAACGUACUGGAAGCGAUGAACUGGAUGGAGCUUUGUCCGAGUCCGAAAUCGACGUACGGGAGGCUUCGCAGACCCCGGAAUCAUCUACUGCGCUGUUUGAUUUGUUUUUCGAGGAAUAUAUUGCCGCUUGUGAGAUCAAGCGGUGUAACGGACGUAUUGAAUUAAUUCCCCCUAGGGGAAGCGGGAAAUAUCUGGAAUUCACUGCUAAGCAACUUUUUCGAGUGCCGUUUGACUCGACAGAAGCUAUGCAUCUUUGGAUCGCUUUGAAGUUGAUUUGCGCGUUAUGGGGCGCUGGGAGUUCUGCUGGGCAGGCGGGCUACAAAGCGGAUAGACCGGAAACCGCGCAGGCAUUUUUGUCAUGGCUCAAGGACGUUUUGCCGCAUUUCAAUAGCGACAAGCAGGACUACCACGACGAUAUGUACCACUCAGUUUUCCAGCGGAUGGCUGGCUGAUUUGAACCUGGGCCAAGCGGCGUUGAUAGCCAAGCAUCGCAACAACGAUAAAGCCUUAGCUGAACUGAUUGGAGUUAAUAGGGAAAAUCGGCAUCAGCUGGCGUAUCAAGUUGCCAUCAUUCAGCUGUGGAACAAAAACAAAGCUGCAGGACAGUGGAUAAAAAAGAUUCUGCUGUUGCUAUCGGGAUCGAUUUUUGUGGAAGACAGCAGUGCUUGCGAGAAUAUGGACUGGUUGCAUUGUUUCGCUAUGUGCGCUUACUAUGUGAUUAGCGAUCAACCAAACAGCUUGGAGGACAUUUUCAAAAUGUACGAAGAUUGCUGCAUCUACGACUUGUGCUGUGUCUUACCUGUUGAUGAUGAUGUGAAAACUGACGGCCCUCCCCGCAUUCUUUACAGUAUUAUUCGGUUGUACCUUGGAAUUGAGGAUAUUACUUUUGUACGACGUACAGAAUUUGUCAGAUGGAAUGCAUUUUAUAAGUGGAUUUUCCUUAGCGCUUUGUACAAUAUCGGUUUUGAUGCUCCGGUGGAUGUUUUCGAGCAGGCUAUCGAAGCCUUGGUUUCUUCACUUGUACUCCAGAACAAGUGGGAAUAUGCGGUAGCUUUACUGCUGCACUAUCAGCCAUGCGAGAAACGUGACAGCCGCAUUCGCAAGUUUAUUUCUUCCAACAUGGAAACAAAUCUAUCUGACAACAGCGAUUCUAUGGACGUUCUAAGCGGAAAAUUGCUUUUUGACAAAAAAUGGAUCAUCGAAGGAAAAGCGAUGUUCGAGUUAGAAUGUAAUCAUUAUGUGGAAGCAGCCAGACUAUUUACGAUCGUGGAAAAACCGGAAAAAGUCGUUGAUAUUCUGAUUAAUAAAAUAUUUUUGAAAUGGAAGCGAGGUGAUGAUUUGAAUGAAUCGCUGUUAACAGUGAUGGAAAGCAUGGAACCGUACCUGUCCAACAGCGAAUUGCCUAAUAAUUUGUGGUAUGCGACAAUUUUCGAAACGGUGCUGACUUAUUGCCAUCUGAAACAGCUUACCGAAGAAAAUAAACGUGAACGGACAAGAGAGUUAAGUUUGUUAAGACAAAAGCUUCGAAAUUAUUUGGAGGAGAUCAGAUUGUUGCUGGGACAUCCACAAGUGAAGUGCAGGGAUUUCAUUGAAGAUGUUAUUGAACAAGCGGAAGAACUGUUGUCUCUGUAUCCACCCAGUGGUGGCGUGAUUGACCUGCUGAAGGGAAUGGUGACAUCUUUCUUCGGAUGAUAGGUUGUUGUUUUUUUUUGUUUUUAUUUUUAAACCUGCGUACGCCGAAAAUGUGUAAUGCUUUUUUUUGUUGUAAGAUCCUGCUCUGCCUUUUGGCUAAGUCAUCUUUUUUCAGCCUUCAGUGUAACCAUUGUGAAAUAGUCGAAUGGCGAUUUGUUUGCACUUUGAUGAUAGGCUAUAUUGUUUUUUAUUGUUGCUUUUGUGAAUUUUUGCAUCAAAAUGCGCCGACCUGUAGGUAAAUCUUGCGUUUCACUGCAAAGCAAAUAUGCAUUAUGUAAC